AUGUCGGACCCCAACAAACCAACCCCUCCCGCAACCUCGGGCUCUUCCAUGGGCACAAAGAGCCUCUUCGAGCACUUGUACACAACCCACGGCCCGGGAACUUCUUUGGAGCCUAACACUCAAUCCCCAGGCCCAGCAAACCCCUCCACCACGGGCAGCACGCCAGAGAAGCCCCCCAAAGGCUCAUCUACCCCCCAAGCGCAGACUCCACGUCCCCCACGAACAUCCUCAGGCUCGCCCCCCCAAGGUAGCCCGAACCUAGCCAGUCCCACGCCAACAGCAACAACCCGGACCACGAAGCCAGCCCCCCAAACCAGAUCCUCGAGCGGCCCGCCGCGCAGCCUAUUCCCAAGCAGCCCCGGCACACCGCCGCGGUUCUUCGACGAGAGCCAGAGGCAAUCCUUAAUCGGACCGUUCACGAGCCCACAGGCCGGAGAACGGCCGCCCGUAAUCUGGGGCGCAGGCCGCAGCACGACGCCGACGGAGUUCUGGCGGGAGGCCGAGCGCGAGCACGUCGACAGGAAGGAUCUGGAAGACGAUGUCAAGAUUCCGCUGGCGCCGGAGUGGGAGGCGUAUGCGCGGGGCUUGGGGCCGUUUCCGGUGAAAGGGGUUUAUAAUAAGGAUGAGGGCGAGGAGGAGGAGAAUGAGAAGAAGGGUGACAAGAAGGAUGAAAAGAACACGAAUGAGAAGGUGAAUGAGAAUAAGGGAAAGUAG